AUGAAACGAUCCAGAUGGUUCCAGGUUAUAGUGAUUUCGCCAGCCCUUCUCCCUCGGGGAUUCAAGCAGAACUACAACUCCCAGCAUGCUCUGGCACGCAAACCGUUGGAGCUCGCACGGUGGAGAGGAGGUGGCUCGAGAGGAGAAUCGCCAGAUUCCCCCUACGUAGAAAACGAAAGGUCGGUUGGGGGAAGCCGUUCUCUUUUUCAGAGAAUAACUAACACUAUGGCUAAUAGUGUCGUAAAAAUUAUUUCUUGGACAAGCAUGGCUGUGGCUUCCUCUGCUUUUUAUUUCUGCACCAACAAAUACCUAGAUCCCAGUGAUUUUGGAGCGAUCAGAUUCGGCAGAGCUGUAGCCACGACUGCUGUCAUUAGCUAUGACUAUUAUACUUCUCUACGGAAAGUUCCUCAAGACCCUGAGGAGUAUGCAGAAAUCAAAUCUAAGGUACAUCUUCGCUCGGCUGAGCGCCUUCGUAAACUUUGCUUUGCCAACCGAGGCACCUUCAUCAAAGUGGGCCAGCACCUGUCAUCCCUGGACUACCUCCUGCCUGAGGAAUAUACACGUACCUUGAAGGUCCUUCAGAGCCAGGCCCCACAAAGCAGCCUGGAAGAGAUCCAGCAAGUGAUUCAAGAAGACCUUGGAAAAAAGAUGCUUGUUUCAGCUGUAAAAUACCUAUUUCCUGAAUUUGAGCUCGCGUGGUUAGUGGAUGAGGCAAAGAAGAAUUUGAUUCUGGAACUAGACUUCCUCAAUGAAGGGAGGAAUGCAGAAAAGGUGGCUGAAAUGUUAAAAAAUGUUGAAGCCUUAAAGAUCCCUAAAAUUUAUUGGGAGCUGUCUACUCGACGGGUCCUUCUGAUGGAAUUUUUGGAAGGUGGACAGAUCAACGAUAAGGAAUAUAUAAUGAAGAACCGAAUUGACGUUAAUGAGGUUUCUCAACUAUUGGGAACAAUGUAUAGUGAAAUGAUCUUUGUCCAUGGAUUUGUACAUUGUGACCCUCACCCCGGCAAUUUGCUGGUGAGGAAAAAUGCCACAACCCGUAGAGAGGAAAUUAUUUUACUAGAUCACGGGCAGUACCAGGUCUUGACCGAGGAGUUUCGCCUGAAUUAUUGUCACCUCUGGCAGGCCCUCAUCAAUGUUGAUAUGGAAAAUGUGAAACUAUAUAGCCAGCUGCUUGGAGCAGGGGAUCUCUACCCUCUGUUUGCUUGUAUGCUGACAGCCAGGACCUGGAACUCCGUCACCAAAGGCAUUAGCCAGGCACCAAUCACGAGUAGUGAGAAUCGAGAACUUCAAAAAAAUGUUGCCACCUACCUCCCACAGAUAAGCCAACUUCUUAACAAAGUACCACGCCAAACACUUCUCAUUCUGAAGACAAAUGACCUUCUCCGCGGAAUUGAAACAACCCUGUGUACUCGGGCCAGUGCUAGCUCAUUUCUCAUCAUGUCACGAUGCUGCACCCGAGCCCUUGCCGAACACCGAAGAAAGAACACCUGCUCAUUGCUGAAGAAAACACAGAUAUCUGUUGGAGAGUCUUUUUGUCUUUGGCAAAUCAACUUGCACGAACUAUUCCUACGCGUGAGAUGGUCCUGGCUCGGCAAUUGGGUUUCCACCUACCUCUUUUGGAAGUCUUCCUCAGAUUGA